UUCAUAUUUUCUCUCUUUUUUCACACACACAAAAGCCCUAAAAUCUUGAUCUGCAAAUCUCCGAAGUUAAGUGCAAGAAUCUACGAAGAACUGGUUGGGAAAAUCAUCAUGGCUCAUAAAUCUUCCUACUUUCUCAAUUUUACUGCAUAGUUUUUGGUUUUUUGAUCCAUUCGUAUUAUGUUUAUGAACCGCCAUCAUCAUCGCAAGCAUCAACUUUGUGGAAUUAGGGGUCAUUUGAUCGAUUGAAGAUUGAAAUUGAUUUUGUUGCUGAAUGAUACGUUGUUUUGUGGUCGAGGAAAUCCAUCUAUGAUUGUUGUGGAAUUAGGGUUUCAUCAUCAUUCUGCUGGAUGCGUCGUCGUUUUAUAUAGAUGCUUGUUGGAAGGGAUCUAGGGCUUCCAAACCUGGUGGUCCUGGUGGUGGUAUUCUUGAUUGUGCCGGCGAUCGGCUUUGUUAUCCGCAGAAAAUGGCUGCACGCGGAGGCGAGGAGGGAGGAGAUUAAGAGGCUUUUGGUUUUGGCAUCUGAGGAGGCAGCUAGGGCUGAGAUUGAGGCUACAGAAGGAUACUUUUACACCGCCAACACUAGUUCAUCGGUUCCGGCCCCGGAUUCGGCCUGGAUACCGGCUCCGGAUUCAGCCUGGGUACCGACUCCGGAAUCGGCCCGGAUACCGCCUACGACAUCGGUUCCAUUGGUCUCAGCGUUGAAGCCACCAUAUCAAUGUGCGGUUUGCUUCUCUCCCACCAGCACGCGUUGUGCCAAGUGCAAAGCUGUUCGUUACUGCUCCGGCAGAUGUCAAAUUGUUCACUGGAGACAAGGUCACAAGGAUCAAUGCCGUCCUUAUGUGGCCGUGAAUCCUAUCAAAGAUGUGUCAGGAAGUUCUAAGCAAGGGAAUGAUAAAGAUUCCGAUGACAACUUACCAGGUGAAAAUUUCCAUGAAGGUAUGCAUCACAAGGAUGAUGCAGGAAUCCAAUCUCAUGCUCAUCGACCCGAAACUAGAUCUAUCUUCCAAUCAGCUUCUGAAUCGUCAUGCGAGGAAUUUUCUACUUUCUCGACUCCUAACAAAUCAUCCACUGAAGCCUCUUCGGACAGUUCAGGGGAUUCUGAUAGGAUGGACGCCCAUCAGUUUGUUGAUGCUGUCUCUGGCAAUUCUGUGACAGUAAAAUCGGGCCACCAGUCCUUGGUCAGUCCUGGAAGAAAAUCUACUGGUUCAAGGAAGAUCAAUCAGAACAAAUCUAAUCUUAGUGAUGAAGAUACUCAAUCCAGGGUUUCAAGUUCAUCCAGUCGGGGUGACGGUGGCUCUAACGGGUCUUCAUUUUCUGAGCCUUCUACAACCUCUUCUGGGUUUUGGAGCGGGGUGAUCCAUUCCAAGAAAUCCAGCAUUGAUGAGCGUGAUGGUUUUGAACUGUCUAGUUCCAACGGGGUCGCCAAUGGGAACAUGACUGAUUCUCGGUCAUCUUUGGGGCUUUCUUCCAAAGUGACCACAAGUGGUUAUAAUAGCACCAGUAUGAAAGGUGUUGCCGUGACUUCGACCGUAUUGGAUAACUCUGCUCCAAAUGGCUUGGGAAGUAAGAAGUCCAAUGAGGAACCCACUUCAUCAAAUGAAUUGUUGAUGGAUGGGCUGAAGUCGACAAGGCAACCAAAAUAUACCCCAGAGAUGUUAAAGCACACGGAUGUAGUUGUGGACAGUGAUUUGCCUCGAUCCAUGUUCAAGGAAGCUAAAGUUUCUCCAUCUGGUGCUGGUUCCCAAUAUGCUUCUGGUGCUGGAGAGCAUUCAACAAUUAAAUAUUCUAAAGCAUUUGGUGGCAUGCCUUCUGCAAGUUUGGAGAGGUCAAAUCAUGUUUUCAACAACAAAAGCAGUAUUUCACCUGCAUCUGAAUCUAUAAGAGUACGCUCAUCAUUAUCCAAAGCUUCUGAUACUCAUUUAACAUCAUCUACGAGCAGACCUGUAUCUCAAAGUCCAAAGCCUGUAAUGGUUCAUGAUGAGAAAAAUAGGGCCGUCGCUUGUUCAUCCAAGCUGACAGAAAAUUCCGAGAGUGCUAGAAAUGGAUUGAAGACAUCAAUGCUGAAAGUUGUUGACCAGCUCAAGCCCUCUAAGUUGUCUCGUCACUGUUCAGUAAGAGCAGAAAGUGAGACAGCACAUAGAUACAGUUGCAAGGUCCUCUUCUCAUAUGAAAUGUUUGUCAAGCUUUAUAACUGGAAAAAGGUUGAAAUGCAGCCUUUUGGCCUCAUAAAUUGUGGAAAUAGCUGUUAUGCUAAUGCUGUGCUCCAGUGUUUGACAUACACACCACCUUUAAAUGCUUAUUUUCUUGAAGGAUUCCAUUCAAAAACAUGUGAUAAGAGAGAGUGGUGCUUUGCAUGUGAGUUUGAAGGCCUUGUUUUGAAGGCAAAGGAUGGGACUUCUCCACUUUCUCCUAUUCGCAUACUUUCCCAGAUAGAAAACAUCGGAAGCAAUCUUGGCCAUGGGAGAGAAGAAGAUGCACAUGAAUUUUUAAGGUAUGCUAUAGAUACUUUGCAAUCAGUUUGCCUCAAGGAAGCUGGAACGAAUUCUUCCAAUCCUCUAGAAGAAGAAACAACUCUGAUUGGACUUACCUUUGGGGGUUAUCUAAGAUCUAAGAUAAAGUGCAUGAAGUGUGGAGGGAAAUCAGAGCGACAUGAGCGGAUGAUGGAUCUCACCGUUGAAAUAGAAGGCGAUAUAAGAACUCUAGAAGAGGCUCUUGAUAAAUUUACAUGUAAUGAGAUACUGGAUGGUGAAAACAAGUAUAAAUGCAGCAGGUGCAAAUCCUAUGAGAAAGCCAAAAAGAAAUUGACAUUGUUGGAGGCUCCAAAUGUACUUACUAUUGCAUUGAAGCGGUUUCAGUCUGGUAAAUUUGGGAAGCUCAACAAACCAAUUCACUUCCCGGAGAUUUUAGACAUGGCUCCAUACGUGAGUGGGACGAGUGACAAAUUGCCAAUUUACAGGCUUUAUGGAGUGGUGGUUCAUGUGGAUGUAAUGAAUGCUGCGUUUUCUGGUCAUUAUGUGUGCUAUGUUAAGAAUGUUGAGAAUCGGUGGUUCAAGAUCGAUGACAGCAGGGUAAAGGAGGUGGAUCUUCAAAGUGUCUUGACGAAAGGAGCAUACAUGCUUCUCUAUGCUAGGUGCUCCCCACGUGCUCCACGUUUAGUUCGUAGCUUGUUAAUGCGCCACCACCAUGAUCCAAAGAAACACAAAGGGGCAACAUUAUUUGCGUCAAGACCUCAGCCGACUGAAGCAUGGGACAUUAACCAGCCAGCCAUCCGUCACCGGAGCCUUGAAGAGGAAUCAUCCUCGAGUGAUAGCUCUGGAAUCUUCUCAGAGUCUUGUUCUUGCAGCACGGAGAGCAGCCACAGGGAUUCAAGCGACCACAUUUCCUGGGACUGGGAACAUGAAUGUUGGAACAACAGCAGCCCUCCAUGGAGGAGCAUGCACCUGAACUCAUCGGAUUCCGACACUUCAUCCUCGUCAUCUUCCUUCCCUUCACCCUUGUACUCCCGGAAUGAUCACAACACAUCGAGGGAACCAGGAGUUUUGUACCCAGACGAUGAUCAGUGUAGAAACCUAAGUUGUAGUAAUAGUUGUAGGGAGGCUAACGUCGAUAGAUUAGGUGGGCGGCCUGUUAACCCUUCGGAAAACUCAAAACCGACUUUGAGAAGAUCAACGACUCGUGGAAAAUGAUGGAAUAAGGGUAAGGGUGCGGGUGCAGGGUUGGAGGGAGUUUUUUUGGGGUUAGGGGGUGGCUGGCUGGCUGUAUGUAUUGUGUAGUAGUACUUUUGCUGGUGUUGGCUCUGUUAAAAACAGUUAAAAGAGUGAGCCUUCAACAUUUUGUCACUCUCUUCCCCUUCUAUAUAUGAAUAUAAUAUGAUAUAGUAAGAUGGUGGUGCAUAUAGGAGAUGAUGUUGCGAGUGAAC